AUGGCAAAGGUUUUGGUGAAAUAUGAAGUAUGGGAAGGGAUUUCUUUUUAUUUGGUUUACCACCAUUAAGUAAAUAAUUAUUGUAAAUGUGAGUAGUUAUUUUUAAAGUGGGUUUUUUAUUUUAUGUUUUAUUCAUUAAUCCAAUAUUACUCUAGCUGCCUUAUUUACUGACUGUUAAUUGUGUGCGUAAUCUCUAGUUUGUAAAUAGCAAUUAAGCAUUAUUAUAUGCUUGA